AUUUGGUUGUGCUGCUGUUAGCUUAAUUGUGCUCUAGCCCGUGCUACUUCAUUGGUAGCAACAUCUGUUCAACGGACUCAUAAUCCCUUAUUGCAGAACACUAUGAAUCAAGAAAAGCUCGCCAAACUUCAAGCACAGGUCCGGAUAGGAGGAAAGGGGACGGCCCGCAGGAAGAAAAAGGUUGUUCACAAAACGGCAACAGCUGAUGACAAAAAACUGCAGGGAUCACUGAAGAAACUGGCAGUGAACAACAUUGCAGGGAUAGAGGAGGUGAAUAUGAUAAAAGACGAUGGGACAGUGAUUCACUUCAACAACCCCAAGGUUCAGGCUUCUCUGUCGGCCAACACCUUCGCCAUCACGGGCCACGCCGAGACCAAACAGCUGACGGAGAUGCUGCCAGGCAUCCUGAGCCAGCUGGGAGCCGACAGCCUCAGCAGCCUGCGCAAGCUGGCCGAGCAGUUUCCACGGCAAUCAAUGGAGCUGAAAGCUGUCAAAGAAGAAAAUGCAGAAGAGGACGACGACGAUGUUCCAGAUCUUGUGGAGAACUUUGAUGAAGCAUCCAAAAAUGAAGCGAACUGAUAAAUUUCUCUUCUUCAGUCGGAUGAUUUUUUUUUUUGAAGUUUUGCAGACUUGUAAAGGUCAUUUCCUCUGGUGGGGAAACUGUUUAAGGUGCAGUGAAUCACUUUAGUGUCUCUGUCUGCAGCAACGCAACGUCAUAUAGACACAAUUUUGGUAAAAAUUGUAAAUGCAGCAUCUGUAAAGCUCUCAGUACCCAAAUGACUCCAAACUGCUUCAGAAAUAAGCUUCUCAUGUGAUGCAACACAGCUGGUAUUUAAGAGAUUCUUUAUUAAAUGACGAUUCAAGUUAAUAAAUGGUGUACUUAGCAUUAUAACAGCGAUUAUGAGUUUAAUAAAACAAUUUUGGGCUGUU